GCCCUUCCAAUUUUUGUUUUCGUCUAACUAUACUAAUCAAUUUCGAGAAUCCCUAUAAUUAAAAUCCUAGGUCAGCCAUUGAUUAGGUUGAUAUUUGACAGUACGACAACUACAUCACCAUGUCUGCUACCACAAUUGCCAUAUUUUUACACUAUGUGGACCUAAGCUUCAAACAUAAAGUAACUGUAAAAAAACACCCCAAAAGAAUUUAAAUAAAACCCACCAAUAGUCAUAUUCAUAUUACAUGGACUUGACAGAUUUAUCUCCCCCAAAAGGUAGUAACUCUGAUGCUUCUAAUGCUACUAUAUAAUAUAUACCAUCAUGCAGUUGAGCUAAGUCUGCACUAAGCUACCUUAAACCAAGAAAGAUUUAGAGUGAGAGAGAUCUGCAGAGAAAUGGAGAAUAGAAGAAUGAUCAUCAUUAUCACAUUUCUCUGCUUGUUGUUACCUGAAUUUAACGCGGUUGCAAAUGUUCAAAGUGGCGUGACAACUGAACCGAUCACUCCAGCUUUCUUCAUCUUCGGUGACUCCCUGAUAGACAAUGGAAACAAUAACUACUUGUUCUCGGGCGCAAAGGCAAAUUACUACCCGUAUGGAAUAGAUGUCGGAGGACCAUCCGGGCGGUUUAGCAAUGGUCUUACGGUUGUAGAUUAUGGAGCGCGGUAUUUGGGGUUACCUUUGAUACCGCCAUACUUCUCGAUAACAUCAUUCGGAAAGCACAUCUUGAGAGGGAUUAAUUAUGCAUCAGCAGCAGCUGGGAUACUUGAAGACACUGGAAGACAUUAUGGGCAACGAACAACCUUGAGCGGGCAGAUAUCCCAGUUUCAGGAGACUCUAGCACUGAAAUUAGCGCCGCUUUUUGAGAGCCAAGAUGCAAUAAACCAGUACCUCGCAAAAGCAGUCUUCUUAGUCGACAUUGGAGGGAACGACUACCUCAACAACUACCUUCAGCCAGAGAGAUACGACAGCAGCCGUCUAUACAGUCCAGAAUCAUAUGCUGAUCUUCUCAGAGACACACUUACAGCCCAAGUAACUAGAUUAUACAACCUAGGUGCAAGAAAAUUUGUGCUAGCCGGAUCAGGUCCCCUCGGAUGUAUACCUGUAUACUUAUCCAGAUCAAGUGACGGAAACUGUAUGCAGAAUGUCAAUAAUUUGAUCAUCGCAUACAACAAUCGACUAAUCGAGAUGAAAAAUACUCUUAACAACAGCCUACCAGGUUCAUUAUUCGUCUAUCAAAAUACUUAUGAUCUUGUCAACGACAUGGUCCACAACCCUUCUACUUAUGGGUUUACUACGUCAAACAAGGCCUGUUGUGGGAACGGGAAAAAUGGAGGGGAACUUACAUGUCUUCCGUUGCAAGCACCGUGUCCAGAGAGAGAUCAUUAUCUCUUCUGGGAUUCGUUCCACCCAACACAAGCAGCAAACGCCAUCAUAGCACGCAGAGGCUACAGCCAGUAUGCCACUGACUGCACUCCGAUCAGCAUCUAUCAGUUGGCACAACUAUAAAUUCAUUAAGCUCUAUUAUUUCAUUAUGUUAGCAUAUUCAAACCACGGAAAUUAAGGUAGCAUCGUAUUGUACUCUGAUGUAACAAAACAAGUAAGCAGAAAUCAUACUCUUCUACUUUC